AGGAUUGAUAUGUGAAAAAAUUGUCAUGCUACGCCCACUAGAAGUAUGUUAGGUAAGAAACUACAUGAGACCCCAAAAUUGAAUUUAAUUUAAUUCAGUAAUCUAUAAUGAUUCCAUACCAAAACCUCAAUAUUGCAAUACUGCAAUACCUGAAUACGUAAAUUUCAUUUGACAUUUCGACAUCAGAAUCUAUUUGGCAAAAACUGAAAAAAGGAAUUUGAAUUGCAAAAUUAUGGUAGCAAUAGGUGUGCCUGGGAGACUGCAAGUAUGAAUUUACAAAUACCAUUCUGCCAGUGCCCAGUUACUACUGUACUAUACCAUACAGUAUACAGCAGUAAUUUCGCAGCUAACAAAUUAUUUUUAUAAUUUGAAUAAAUAAUUAAAUGCUGAUUUUAUGGUUAAAGUUUUUGAUGUCAAUUUAUUUUUAGAUGUUACCAGAGUUUGGUUUCAUCUAAAACAUACUAGAUCUAUAUCAUAGUGGUGGUAGCGUUAAUAAAGUCAUAUUAGAGAUCUUAAAUUGUGUCAUUUUUUAUGUUCCACAACUGCACAAACUUUUUGUUUGUUCAAAUAUAAUUAUCAACAUUAUUCUGUUUUAUUUUUUAGUUAAUUAACUAAAAUGGCUUCCUUGGCAAGGAAUAUUUUUAAAAUGAACCAAACAAGGUCAUUGUGGAUAGGAGCAGUUUUCAAUUCAGAAACUCCAACCGUUAAUAAAGGGAGCAGUAAAACGACAUCAACGCCGCCAGCUACUUCAUCGAAAGAUAAAACAACUUUUGUAGAUCCAACAAAAUACAAUACUACGGAAUAUUAUUCAUACUCAGAAUAUUCGUAUUAUGAUAUUGACAGCGAUUGCAUUCCAAGGCGCGUAAAACAACCAGAAGCACCACAAAAACAGAUUUAAAACAGACGCUGUGAAAAAUUAAUUAUUUAAAACUAGCUGUUUUUCAUCAGGUUUCAUUUGUUUUGUGUGACUUGUCUGUUAUUCAUUUAUUUCAAUUCAUAUUGUGCGUUUCAGUGCAUGGGUUUGAUAUAUUUAUUAUAAUUGUUUCCUUCCGAGGGGACUUUUAGAAAAUUGUUGUUUGGAUAUAUUACCUACUUAACAAAAUAAUUUGCUGUAUGUUGCCAUACUUCUCCAUGUCUAUCAGCAUUGUAUUGCUAGUACUGUAGUAGUAACCAUUUUGCUUGAAAUUGAUUGUAUCUCACAAAGUGUUUCUAUCUAUUUGUCCUUUAGUUGUCACGUUCUUUAGGUGUAAGUUUUACGUAGUCAUGGCGGGUUCUUCAGAAAAGGUGCAUUUCAUGGCUGACAAAGUGCGGCAUAAGAAACGCGAUGGAGUUCUAUAUCUUAUGUCUGAACGUAUUGCAUGGUGUCCUCAAGGAAAAAAUCAUUUUGAGGCAAGUCACCAGUAUGCAGAAAUAAAAUGCCAAAAAAUUAGUCCAGAAAGUAAAGCAAAAAUACAAUUACAGAUUGUGAUGUUGAAUGGAGAGUCAAAAACGUUUCACUUUGCUGACACAAGUCAGGAAAAAGCAAAAGAACAACGUAAUACAAUCAAAGAUAUUUUGUCUGAAAUGCUACCGCGAUUUCGCAGGAAAAUUGACAAAGAUUUGGAAGAAAAGAAUAAAUUAUUACAGCAAGAUCCAGAAUUAUUACAAACAUAUAAAGAUUUAGUUGGUUCGCAGGCAAUAACACCAGAAGAGUUCUGGGCAACACAUGCUGAAAAAUUACCUUCUGAUAAAGCAAGCCAGUCAAAGCAAAGUGUUGGAGUUUCAGCCUCUUUUCUUGCAGAUGUGAAGCCGCAAUCAGACGGUUGCAAUGGCUUGAGGUACAACUUAACGGCUGACAGAAUAGAAUCAAUUUUUCGUACAUAUCCUGCUGUUAAGAAAAAAUAUCUUGAUAAGGUUCCUGAUAAAAUGACGGAAAAAGAAUUUUGGACAAUGUUUUUCCAAUCUCAUUAUUUUCAUCGGGAUAGAGUAAACCAAAACAGCAAAGAUUUAUUUUCAGAUUGUGCAAAAAGAGACGACCAAGAUAUUCUUUCUUUAUUAAAACUUGGCGUGAAAGAUCCAUUAGUGAACUUACUUGGUCUAAAAUAUGAAGAUCUUUCCAAAGACGAGGGUUAUGGGAAUAGCAGUGGUCCAGCUCCACAGAAUGCAAAAGUAAAACAAUCAAGUACACAAAUAAUGAACAAAGCAAUAAUAAAAAGAUUUAAUCAUCAAAGUACGAUGAUUUUAUCAACUUCUGCGUCUAGUGAUGACAAAACUUUAAAUGGAAAUACCCAAAAUGGUCAGGAGAAUGAUGAUGGUAGUGUACAAGCAAAAAAGGCAAGAUUGAUUGAUUUAACUUUAUAUGAUGAUUUAAGCGCCAGUAAAACUGCCACUGAUUCAUCUUUAAAUUUACAAAAUUCAGAACGAUAUAGUCAUGGACCAACAUUACUAAGUGAAGUUCAUGAAGAACUUGAAGGCAGAGCUAUAUUGGAUGGUUUAAGAGUAAUAUCAGACCAAUGUGCUUCAUAUAAACCAAAGCUUGGUCUAGCAUUAACUUCAAAAAAUGCAAGUUUAGCUCUGUCUGAUUUAUCCGCCGAUGCCAGGUCAAGGGCAAGCAUAAGUGAUAGUUUUAUCGACCAAAUAUUACCUGGUAACUUACGUCUUGAUUUACAAUACUUGUAUGCUUCUGCUUCUGAGCUACUGCGUCAUUUUUGGUUGUGCUUUCCAGUGAAUACUCCUUUUUUACAAGAAAAAGUUGUUCGUAUGAACAACAGUAUACACAAAUUUCGGGACGAAAGACUUGCUUCUUUUAAGCAUUCUCUUGUCCAGAAUAGAGUUGAAGUUAAUGUUGCAAAACAUCUAGAAGAUAUGCUAAACAAUGCAAUUAAUAAAUUUAAUUCUUGGCAAACUCGUAUGACCAAAAAGCGAUAGUACAUUUUUGAAUUUUUUCGAUUCGAAAACCAGAUGCUAACUAUAAUCUUUUCAAAUUUGAUAGAAUCAUGAAGGUUCGAAUCAUGAUUACUUGAGUCAGGUUUGAAUACGAUAUCCAAAGUUAAGUUAGUAUUGUUGAAUGGCUCAAUUCCUACAAACCAACUGUAUUCAUGUUAUGAUUUGUCUCCUAAUGCCUUUGUAAAAUUGAUUUUAGCACACAAAUUGACUCAAGUCUUGAAUAGCAAAUUUCUCACCUUGAAACUUUUUAUGAUGUUAAUAAGAUUUGAUUCAAGUCAGUUGAAGUUGCUAACCUUGCAUUCUGCAAACAUACAAAUACCUUUGACUUUAGAAUCAAUUAAUUCAGUUUUUGAAAUUGUCGUCUUUUAGCUACCAAAUGUUCAAUGUGUGUUCGAAAUGUGCUACAUAUGUCAUUGAUGCAUCUACAGUUGUUAAAUUGUUAUUAUUAAACAGUUGGUUUGAUUUUCUUCAAAAAGUAUUUCGUUGAAACAGUUUUUCUUAUAGUCAAUGAGAAAUGUAAUCUAUAGCAAAUUAUUAUGAGUCCUUUUCAUGUUUUAUUUUAUCUAUUCAUCUGGAUAAAUUAUUAAGACAAAAUGUAUAAACUGAAUUCUUUUCCAAAUUCAAUUGUAAUUAAACAAUUUCUUUAAAAAUUUUGCAAUAUCUAGAGUGUCUCCCAGUUUGAUAUAUACUUACACAAAUGGCAAAUACGAGCUAGACGAUAUGUAAAUGUUUGGAAAUAUGGUGGUGUACACCAACACUGUAUCACAUGUAUUUCUUUUGUAUCAUUUCCAUCAAAGUUUCCGAGUUAUCCCAUGGUCAUAGCCAUUAAUAUUCAUGGCUUAGUUUAUCCUAGCAUUUGGUAAUUUAUAUUUGUGCUUGAUAUCUUUUGAUACUAACA